CUUGCCCAUGAAGACGUCCCCACCAUGUUCUAUGGGACACACUUUAUCAUGUCUCCACCCACCAAAAGCAAGCUGAAGCGGCAGAGCCAGCUGCUGUCCAGCAUGCUGUCACGGACACUGAGCUACAAGUACCGAGACUUGGAACCCCCUCUCUCCAGCCCAGGCGCCAGUGAUGACCCCGCCGAGCUAUCCACCCAGCUCUCUGCCCCAGGCAUCCUGAAAGUGUUUGGGGACAGUGUCUGCACGGGCACCCACUACAAGAGCGUCUUGGCCACAGUCUCCUCCAGUGCCCGAGAGCUGGUGAAGGAGGCGCUGGAGCGCUAUGCCCUGAGCCCCGAGUGCGCCAGCCAGUACGUGCUGUGUGACACGGUGGGGCGGGCUGGUGGCACCGGACAGCGGUGGCAGGCUGAGUGUUUCCGCGUAUUUGGGGACAACGAGAAGCCCCUCCUGAUCCAGGAGCUCUGGAAACCCCGAGAAGGUCUGUCCCGGAGGUUUGAGCUCAGGAAGAGGUCAGACGUGGAAGAGCUGGCUGCCAGGGACGUGGACACCAUCACGGCAGGGAUCAACGCCCAGGCAAGGAGGCUCCAGCGGAUCCGGGCCAAGGGCACAGCCACAGGCUCCCAACAGCUCUCGCCGCCCCGCCUGCGCCGUAGCAUUAGUGAAACCAGUCUGAGCACAGCUGGCCCGCCCUCGGACGCCAGCAGGCCACACUACGCCACCCUGCCGGCUGGCCCUGGCCCCGAGGAGCUGACCCGGGACGCGGGGGGCCCGGCCGAGGAGGGUGCCAUGCGCCACUUGCUCUACCAGUCACCUCACCUGCUCCUCCUGCAGGGCUACAGCCAGCAGCACGACAGCCUGGUGUAUGUGCUGAACCAGGACCUGCACACAGUGGGCCAGCGCACGCCCGCCAGCAGGCCCAACAUCAGCCUGGCGGCCCCCGACAUCCUGCCCCUGCACUGCACCAUCCGCCAGCACCGGCGCCGCCCAGGCGGGGGCACACUGGUGCUGGAGCCCAUCGAAGGUGCACCUGUGGCCGUGAACUUCACCGAGGCAGGGAGCCGCCCUGUGGAGCUGCGCCACGGUGACCUGCUGUCCCUGGGCCUCUACUACCUGCUGCUGUUCAAAGACCCGCUGCAGGCUCAGCCACUGCCUGCCCAGGCCCUGGCUCGCCUCCAUGCUGCGCCAUGGAGCUGCCGCCUGUGUGGGGCUGCACUUGAGGCUUCCAGUGCCACCUGCCCCCCACGGCCAAGCCCCGAGCCCACCCGGCGGCGGCUGCACUUGGCCUUUGAACCCUCACAGGAGGACGUGCUCCUGCAGCGGAUCCUGACGCUGGUGGAGCCCUCGGGCGAUGACCACAAGCUGGCGCCCGCCUUCCUGCUGUGCCUCUGCAUCCAGCAUGCUGCCACCCACUUCGGGCCCAGUGCCUUUGGCCAGCUCCUGCUGAAGAUAGCUGGGGCCAUCCGUGACAUGGUCUGGGAGAAGACCAGAGAGCUCGCAGAGAAGCAGGCGCAACUCCAGGAGCCGGCCUCCCUGUCCAGCCUCACCAUUGCUGACCUCGUCCCAGACCUGCAGCACAUCCUGUUCUGGAUGGCCAACGCCGUGGAGCUUCUGUACUUCCUGCAGCAGAAGUGCCCGCUCUAUGUGCAGAGCAUGGAGGAGGCGCUGGACGUCACAGGCUCCAAGGAGUCCCUGCUCUCAUGUGCCCUGACAGCCAGCGAGGAGGCCAUGGCGGUGCUGGAGGAGGUGAUCCUGUACGCCUUCCAGCAGUGCGUGUACUACAUCUCCAAAUCCCUGUACACGUGCCUACCGGCCCUCCUGGAGUGCCCCCCGUUCCCAGUGGAGCGCCGGGAGAGCUGGAGCCCCGGCCCGUGUCUCCCCGAGGAGCUGCGCCGCGUCGUGGCCAUCUACCAGGUCACCCUGGACCUCCUGCGGCAGUUCCAAGUGCACCCGGAGAUUGCUGCCCAGAUGCUGGCCUACCUCCUCUUCUUCUCCAGCACGCUGCUCUUCAACCAGCUCCUGGACAAGGGUCCCUCGCUGAGCUGCUUCCACUGGCCCAAGGCUGUGCAGGCCUUCGCCCGCCUGCAGCAGCUCCUGGAGUGGGUGAGGGGUGCUGGCCUCGGGGCUGCGGGCGAGCAGUUCUUCCGGAAGCUUUCCUGCACCCUCAACCUGCUGGCCACGCCCAGCGCCCAGCUUGUCCAGAUGACCUGGGCCACCCUCCGGGCCACCUUUCCCGCUUUGCGCCCUGCACAGCUCCACCGGCUGCUGACCCAGUACCAGCUGGCCUCGGCUAUGGGCCCCACGAGCUCCUGGGAGCCCAGUACCCUGGAUGGCCCUGACGCCUGCAAGUCCGAGGAUGUCCUGGAGUCGUACGAGAACCCCCCGCCCAUCGUUCUGCCCAGUGACGGCUUCCAGGUAGACCUGGAGGUGGACCGGCUGGACGACAGCAUCUACCAGCACCUUCUCUAUGUCCGCCACUUCCUGUGGGGCUUGCAGAGCAGAACUGGCCCCGGCAGUGGGCCCCCACCCCCGGAGUGUCUGGAGGGUCCAUACCAUACCAUCCCCGAGGGCCCCCCAGAGGGCCGGCACAGUCCCCCAGCCCCCAGAGACCCCAGGGCCUUCCUGGACUCUAGACUGUGUGGCAAUAGGAGCAGGGGUGUCCGGGAGGCCCGGGGGGUCCCAGGCAGGCAGCCCAGCCGCGGGGGCCAGCCACCUGCAGACGCCUCGUGCCUGCUGACGCCGCCCAGCACCCCGCUCAGCCUCGAGCCCCCCACCCAGAACUGGCCCUGCGGGAAGGCGUCCCCCGAGGGGAAGAGGACUGGCCUCCGUGGAUCCCAGGGUGUGGCCCUGGAAGGAGACCCUGAGGCCCCUGCGGAUGUGCCCUCCAGCUGCAGCUCCAGCCCCGAUGCCCCUUGCUCCUCCCUCUGCUCUUCAGUGGUGGUCGUGGAGCUAGAGAGGGGCCCUUCCGGGCUGGGCAUGGGCCUGGUGGAUGGCAUGCAUACACCCCUUGGUACCCCUGGUCUCUACAUCCAGACCCUGCUCCCGGGCAGCCCCGCGGCCUGCGAUGGGCGGCUCUCCCUGGGGGAUCGCAUCCUGGAUGUAGAUGGCACCAGCCUGGUGGGCGUCAGCUACCUGAGAGCCGUGGACCUGAUCCGACAUGGGGGCAAGAGGAUGCGGUUUCUGGUCGCCAAGUCUGACGUAGAGACGGCGAGGAAAGUCCACUUCCGCGCACCCCCCUCCUAG